GAGUGACCGUGGUUUUGGGCGCGGUCUAGCUUGUCGCACUAACUUGCUCUACAAUGUCUCAGGAGAGGAAGCCCAUCCCCAAAUUCUCGAGCUUCAAGCCUCCCCCAGCCCCUCCACCCGCACCCGAUCGGCCUUCCGAACGCCGCACCCGCGACAGCGAAAGACGCGAAAGGUCGAGGCACCAUGAAAAGCGUCAUUCUAGACACAGGAGCCAUCGCGAACGCUCUCGGUCUCGCGAGCAUCGGAGGGAGCGCAGGGAAGGCCGUUCCUCCCGACAAGAUGUCGAGCCGCGAGCGCGGGAGCUCCCGACAGAGCGUCGAACUACACCAGCGAGCACCGUGAAACAGCCAGCGGACGAUGCAUCUAAUUUGUAUUUUGUCGAUCGCAAAGGGGACCGCUACAACAUCGUCUAUGGCACGAUACAUCGGUACAGUGUGCCACGUUACCAUCGGGUAGGCCAAGGCAGCGUGCUGGGCUUGCCCCCCAAUUACAAGAUCGACCGUGAUACAGUGGAAGGGGAUGCUAUAGUCGUCAGCCCGAACACUUGGCGUCCGGACGCGUCGCGGACAGGAACAAAGAGUAUUCUAUCUGGGAUGAGCAAGGAACGGUCUAGACUACUUCGCGUGCGGCCUACCUCACUGCUCGAAUCAGCCGCCGAUGCUUCGAAGGAUUAUCUACCUCUGAGUGAUCAUAGAAGCCGAAAACGCAGAAAGGUCCUCGGUGACUCGGAUUCUGAUGAUGAAAAACACGCAUACCGUUCGAUACUUGGCAAGGCGAAGCCCGAUGAGGAUAUCCCGAGCGAUCUAGAAGCCGUGUCGGACAGUGGUGACGAGGGCGGUCGAUAUGACCCGGACGAGGAAAUCAAGCAACGGAACGUUGAAUUAUUCCGCAAUGUCGAGCAGACACCCCAUGAUGUCGGUUGCUGGCUUCGACUCAUCGAUUACCAGGAGUCACUUCUCAAAGGUGCUGAAAGGGAGUCCAGCACGCUAACAUAUGCGGAAAGGAAGAGCCUGGCAGACAUCAAAUUAUCGUUGUACGACAAAGCGUUGAAACGAGUAGGGGCAGUGCCUUCUCGAGAUCGUCUUCUUCUUGGUCGGCUCGAAGAAGGUGCACAGCUUUGGGAUUCCAAGAAACUUGCUUCUCAAUGGCAAGCUAUUUUGAAAGCAAAUUCUCAAUUCAUCUCUCUCUGGGUCAAAUACCUUGACUUCCGUCAGACGCAAUUUCUGGAUUUCACGUAUGAGGGGUGUCUUUCCACCUUCGUUGAAUGUCUCAAGUUGAAUAGGGCUGCUCCGGAUCACCCUCAAAAAUCGCAGAUUCAAGUUUAUCUCUUCCUGCGCCUAACGUCGUUCAUCCGCGAAUCGGGGUUCACCGAACAUGCAAUCGGCCUCUGGCAGUCCGUCUUUGAACUCGCCUUCUACAGACCUGACUCUUUAGACGUUCAUGAUGAAGAAAAGCUCAUGUCAGCUUUCUUGGAGUUCUGGGAGUCAGAAACUGCGAGAUUCGGUGAUGUUGGUGCGAAGGGCUGGAGAAGUGGAUCCAAUACUGUCCCGAGCCCAAAGGUCUUCACGCCACAAUUCCAGCUCGAUCUGAGGGCGACAUUCGCGUCAUGGGUUGUGUGUGAAAGAGAACGAAUCGUUGAAGCACGGCUACCGGCGCGCAGUUUGGACGAAUCAGACCUAGAUGACCCUUAUCGCGUCAUCAUUGCAUCUGACCUCGCAGAGAUUGUGCCCUUGGUUUGGAACAUGCAUUCUACGCAAGAGCUGAUAGAUGGCUUCUUGCGUUUCUGCCACCUUCCUCCACUUAUGUCGUCGAGCAAUUUGGAGACAACCAGCAAAUGGUCCGGAGACAGCUUCUUACGAAAUGAUCUGAUGAGCAGUCCUGGCACCACGCUCGAUAAAUGGAUCCCGACUAUGCUAUCAGACACCGAGCAGUCUCCUGUAUCUCCGGUUUCUUUUCAUCAUCAGAACUUCAUCCACAGUGGCGAUACAUUGUUUGCUGGUGAGGGAUGGUUCUCUUCGCUCAAGGCGUGGCGACAGGUUGCUUUGGAGUCGCAAUCCGAUAUCGACCCCGACUGGGUUCGAAGAUCACUCCGGUCAUUGGUCGAGGCCAGUCCAGGGAAUGAGCAGCUAGCAGAGUACGUCGUUGCCGUGGAGUUUGCGUGCAAUCCCAAAGAGGCAAAGAAAUACGCAAAGUCUCUUUUGAAGAAGAGGCCAUCGAGUCUGCGGCUUUACAAUGCGUAUGCACUGAUGGAGCGCCGGUCCGGCAACCAGGCAGCUGCUGACCAUGUCUGGGCAACAUCUCUUUCUAUGAGCAAAACGUUCUCCGAGAGCAGUAGCGUAGAGAGUGUUUACCUUUGGCGAACGUGGGUCUGGGAGUUGCUAGAAGAGCGGAACAUAGCCCAUGCCUCCCAUCUCCUCAUCUCCAUGCCACAUAGUAGUGUGGAUUUGAAAGACUUCCCUGGGACAUCUGAUCAGCCGGUGUUCAGCCCGACCAGCUUAUUGAAGAUACAAAGCUACCUGGCGGAAACCCAGGAGAUUAUACUCGCCAACCGAAAGUCCCAUGCAUUUGUCGCCUGGUCGGAUUGUUACGCUAUCUUUCUCUACCUCACCCAUUCUCAAGAUUUGACCAAAGCAUUGGAAGCGUACGAUGGGGCUAUCAGCAGGGUCGGUACACUGCCGGAGCAGGAUCGAUUGUUCCAAUCCUUCACGACCGAGUUACUCCAUCAGGCCCGCGCGCGAUUCCUCUACUACCAUGUUCGUACGAGUAGCAUGUACAAGCCUACUCAUAUCCGCUCCCUUUUCGCGGACAGCAUCCAGUUGUUCCCCCACAACACGAUGUUCCUCUGCCUUUUCACCUGGAACGAAACUCGAUUCCGCAUUGAAGAGCGCGUGAGGGACACCAUCAGAGAUAUCACCGAGACCAAGCGUCACUCGGGAGAGUCCCUCACGAUGACCCAAGUCCCAGUCACGACGCAUCUCUUCUCCAUAUACACCGAGCUUCUCCGUCCCGAAUACGCGGGAUCUACGCUCCACUCCGUCAGGGCCGCAUUCGAGAAGGCCAUCGGCGAACAGAGCACCGGCGCAACCAACACUAUCAUGUCUACCACCCGCUCCAGUCUUUCCCUCUGGAAACUUUACAUCCUUUUCGAGCUUUGGCGCGGCAACAUCGCUCGCGCCAAGGAUGUAUUCUACCGCGCUAUGCGCGCUUGUCCAUGGUCGAAAGAGCUCCUCAUGCUCGCGUUCACCCACCUUCGCGCGGAUGUCGUUCGCGAGCGCCACCCGACCGCCUCGGGGCGCGAUGAGGGUAUGGGCUUUGACGAGCUACGGCAUGUGUACAAUGUGUUGGUUGAGAAAGAGCUUCGCAUCCACAUUGACAUCGAAGAGGAACUAGAGGAGAUGGCGUCCAAGAUGACACAUAAGUCAGUGGCACGGGGAAUGCCGAUUACCAUGCCAGAGGAUGCAAAUAGUGAAGAUGAGCAGAUGCAAGAGUGAUCUUGAUUUGUACAUGGGGUUAUAUUAGGUAGACUAUAACUACAUCUGUCGAACCGCUAUCAAACAAACCGCAC